GUGUAAUGGAUGGGGUCUUGAGAGAGUGCUGAGCGGGGCUAUGAAGGUCAUGGAUUGAGUAAUGAUUUCCAUAUGCUUAAUAUCUCCAGUUAUUGAAGUCUACGGAGUCUGGACAUCUUCAGAUCACGAUAAUAACAACGCCUUCUGUCCUAACCAAGGUUUUUGGGAGGAAUUAAAAAUUUGAAAUGUAAUUGAGAUACAAGAUGGAUUUUGGAAACAGAAAGGGCUUGAAGUUGGAUAUAUAAUUACUAGUGCUCUUAUAAUCGGGAUUUCAACUCACGAAGAUUUACAACUCAAGUAUCACUCAGGAUGGAGUAAUGGAAAGCAGACUUAUUAUUAGUACUGUUGAUAAUGUUCUUGGCUUCGCACAGGGACCUAGGUUUGAUGGUGACUAGGUUUAGGAAAUACGCCUUUGAUUAUAGAGUUGAUGUGGUUGUGUGGGGGCUGGUUUUUGUGAGGAGGUAUUUUAUGGUCAUUAUGCAGUGUACGGCCUUUGUAAGUUUUCUUCAGAGAGAUUGCUAUCACAUACUAAGACAGAAGUGGCGGAUAUCAAAAACACUUGGAUUUCUUCUGUUUAUUCUAUUGGAAAUAUGUUGAGUUCGGGCAAGUUUUUAUUUCCAAGAGACGAUUGUAUUUUUAUCUUCAGAUAUCCAGAUUGUCAUGUUGCAAAACUCUUUCUGGGUUUUCCUCAUAAUUUACAGUAUUUUUAGUGGGGAAAAAUUUAUGAGUGCAAUAAGUAUACCGAAUGCAUGUUACGAUAUUAUUUUCUCCCUGAUCUUUAGCUUAGAUAUCACUUUCGGAAUAAAUUACUUUUAUUUCACAGAGAUUUAUUCUGGAGAUGUUCAUAGCCAAGGAUGAUUUAUUUUACUAUUGUUUGCAAUUCAUGUCUCGAUGAUUCUUGUGUUCUUUGCCCAUCAAUUUUAUUUUUGAAGCCCAUAUUUUGGAGAAAAUUUGCAAAAUUUCAAAGGAUAUGUUCAUAAGCUUUAUCCAAAAUUUGAAAUUGAUACACUAAAUGCACGACUGAUUCCGAUCUGAGAUUAUUGACUGAAUAGCUUGGUUGAACCUUCACUAUUCUAUACAAAAAUUACUAAAAAGAACCAUGAAUUAUGCAAAGCGCUUAGUCAAUUCCCGGAUGCAUACAUAAAGACUUCCUGUAAUCACUUGCUCCAUCCUGAAUGCUUGACUCAAUUAUUCCUCUCUGAUGACAAACAUUGAUUCUGAAGAAAGCUAUUUUACAAAAUUUAA